GUUUAGGCAACUCUACGCUUUAUCGUUUGGUGUGGGGUUUUUUUUACUCAUUUUUAGACUGUGAACAGACUCCUUGUACCUAGAUGACUUGGAUUAAAACUUGAUUUUUCCUGUUUAUGCUCAAAUGCUGGACUCCUCAUCUUCAUCUCUGCAAGUAAAAUGAGGUGACUGGAUUUUUAUGAACUUGCUUCUCUAAUUCACUUGAAAGACACCCUUGUCCUUCAGCCCUGACAUUAUCCCAGUUACUUCUAGUCGGUCUGGUUAAAAUUGUCGACACAACGUGCAAAAUCUGUUUACAUCUGAUUGAGUGGAAGGAACUCUUGCAGCUGCAUAUUAGGACAAGAUGAUGGAAGAGGUGUCUGCAGUGACUGCUUACGAUGCCCAUACUAUCGGCCAGAUGAGCGAGGAGGAGAUUCUUGCUUCUCUGGUGGCUGAAACAGAACCUAAAUUCACAGUCCCAACAAAGGAAGCUAAACUGAAGGAGUGCCGGCUUCAAAUAAUGGAUGAUGAAGAAGACACUUUGGACAAAUACGUGAAGGGAAACCGUCAGCUUCAGCAGGCCAGCCUUCGUCUGGAGCAGGAAAAUGACAACCUGGCCCACAAAUUGAUCGCCAGCAAGGUAGCCCUGAGGAGAGAUCUAGACAAGGCUGAGGACACAGUGGGCGAACUAACUAAAGACCUUGUGCAAACCAGACAACAACUGCAAGCCACGGAAUAUGAGAAAAGGGGUAAAGAGGAGGAAGCUGCCAUGUUGAAGGAAGUGUUUCGGAGAGAAAUGGAGAAGGCUGAGCAGAAACUCAAAAGGUCGUCUGGUAUCAUUGCAGACUACAAACAGAUCUGUUCUCAGUUGACAAACCGUCUUGAAAGGCAGCAAGCCGCCCACAGAGAGGAGAUGGAUUCACUUAAGAGUGCAAUAAAAGCUUGCUCCCACUGUCAACACACCGUGAAAUCAGAUGAACCAUUCGACAUAGGUGAGAACUCAGAAACUGAAGAGCAGACAGACCAUCAGAGAAUUUCUGAACAGGGCAGGGAGGAGAAGGCUGAAGGUUCCAGGAUGGAGGAGCAGAAGAGGAGGGAGCAGGAGAAGGAGGUCCUCAGGGCUCAGAUUAGGGAGUUGGAACAGGAGUUGGUCCAGACCAAACUACAGAUGGUGGAGACAACGUGCAAAAUCCAGGAUCUGGAGCACCAGAAGGGAAUCCUGGCCGAUGAUCUCCAGGAAGCAAAGAACAGCUGGAUCAGCAAGACCUUCACUUCCCUGCGGACCUCCAGCGGGGGACUUCACAGUCUUAAUAUACACAAAGACGGGGCUCACACAGUGGGUUGGAACCUCCACAAAGCCUCCCUGUCUGGAUGGAGCCCCAAGAAGCUAUCGUGGCCUCACAGGGGCAAUCGAGAAAAUGUCUGAUAGUUUAAAUGUGCAGAAGACCUAACACUUGACACUGGAGGAGGAUCAGCCUUCUGCUGAAGUAUGACCUUAUUGCCUGAGUGAUAACUCACAUUGUUAUGUACAGAAUGAUUUAAAACUGCAGCUGCUGUUUAUUAAUGUGUUUACUAGUCUAGACCACACCAUGAGCAGAGGAGAGUCCCAGAGAGCACUGACAGGUAUUACUGUAUCAAACAGGGACUUUCUUGACUUUUUUUUUCACUUUGUAGAUUUUCUAUAAACUGAUCACUUUCUUUAUAUAUUUGUAAAUACAUGUCAUGUGAGUCUUCUGGAGACAGAUCUUUC